ACAACACUCAUUCAACAUUUCCCUAUGACGACAUUCUUCUAGUAUAACGUAUACACUAAAUCACAGCGUCGAGUUAACUCAUUCAUAAUUCUUUUUUUGUCCAUUUGAUGUUUCAGCGAUGUGACGCAGCCCAUCAGGAAUAUUUUCACGCAAAAUGAUUCGUGCCCUUGUCCUUCUGUGCAUGGCCAUUCUACCUCUCGUACGAUGCCACAAGAUUCACGAACACAUGACAAGGGAAGAGAUGUUAUCGGUGUUUCACACGGGACACGAAUCUGUACCCGCGUACGAAGUUGUUCCUGUGUUACAUUCUGUACACAAAAGGAGUAUACAAGAAAAGCCAGAGAUACAUCUGAAGGCUUUUGGGAAGGACAUCAGUCUGUCAUUGAAACCCACAGAAGGGCUGUUGGCAGCGAACCAUUUGCCCAUGUGGACUGUCACGAAGAAUGCGUCGCAACCUGAUGGCCUCCAUUACGAGAAGGUGACGGAUGCUGACGUAGGUAUCGGUGACAUCUAUCAAGACACGACGAACAUGGCGUCCAUUUUGCUGCACCGGGACGCAAAUGGAAAAGUGCUUGUUGAUGGUAACAUUGGUUCAGAACUGGUGAUUCGACCACUGCCAGACCGUGUAUUACACGAAAUAGUAAAUAAAAAUUCGACAUUGCACGACGUCGAAUUACUGCCAAAUGUAACGAGGAGAAAAGAGGAUCUAAAGAGGACGAGUCACCAUAUCGUUUUCAAGAAAGUGACGCGUUCGAACGGCGACGAGUACAGCGAUUUUACGCUGAUGGAACCAGACCACUUGGCCAAAAGAUACAGAUCGAAACGAUCGAUCGGCGUUAGGGGGAAGAGAGAAGCACCAUACGUGAUCUAUCCGGAAAUCCUGUGUAUCGUGGAUUAUGAUGGAUACAGAUUGCACGGCGGUGACAAUGUACAGAUCAAAAGGUACUUUGUGUCCUUCUGGAACGGGGUAGAUUUAAGGUACAAGCUGUUGAAGGGUCCAAAAAUUCGCAUCAGCAUCGCUGGAAUAAUUAUCUCACGGGGAAGAGACGCGACACCAUACCUGGAAAGAAAUCGCGUUGGAAGGGACGCGAUCGAUUCAGCAGCCGCACUGACAGAUAUGGGCAAAUACCUCUUCCGGGAGAGAAGACUUCCGGUCUACGACAUUGCGGUUGCCGUUACAAAGUAUGAUAUGUGCCGUCGUAGGAAAGGCGGCCGCUGCACUAAGGGAACUGCCGGAUUCGCGUACGUGGGUGGAGCUUGUGUUGUAAACAAGCGUCUGGAAAAAGUGAAUUCAGUCGCCAUCAUCGAGGAUACCGGAGGAUUUAGCGGAAUUAUCGUCGCAGCCCACGAAGUUGGCCAUUUGCUGGGUGCAGUUCACGACGGUUCACCACCGCCCAGUUACCUCGGAGGACCCGGCGCCGAGAAAUGUCGCUGGGAAGAUGGCUACAUCAUGAGCGACCUUAGACACACCGAAAAAGGAUUUAAAUGGUCCCACUGUAGUGUGUCGUCGUUUCAUCACUUCCUAAAUGGUGAUACAGCAACGUGUUUGUACAACGCACCCCACGAAGACGAAGCUCUUCCUCGAGUUUUGCCCGGGAAACUGCUCUCGUUAGAUGCACAGUGUAGAAAAGAUCGUGGAACGAGCGCUUGUUUUAAAGAUGACAGAGUUUGCGCUCAACUAUUUUGUUUCGAUGCUGGAUCAGGAUAUUGUGUGGCAUAUCGUCCAGCGGCUGAAGGCUCUCCCUGUGGAGAUGGUCAGUAUUGUCUGAAUGGAAAAUGCGUAGCGGAACACGAAAACAUUAUUCCGGAUUAUACGCAAAAUAUUCCAACAUACGUGCGCCGGGACGGCACUUAUAAUCCCACAGCUCACAAUCGGCCUAUUUUCGCUCAAUACAACAACACAGAGUACAGGUAUCCGUGGGAAUCGACGACACAGAGCACGCCACAAUCGAAAUUUAAAUACUCUUCACCGUCGUCGAGUCUGUUCUCGUCGACGAGCAAUCCUUACAAACGCGUCACACCGUUCGCUACCACCGCAGCGAACAAAUACACGUACACGACUGCCAGUUAUUUGUACGCCAAUAAAUACAAGACUAAACUUAACAGUAGUAACGAUAGUAAUAGUAAGAACGGCUAUGGUAGCACGACUACCAGAAGAUACACACAGAGUAACAUGUACAGUACCGUUAGCCCCUUGUCGAAGGUCACCAACGACCUAAAUUACCCGAAAAUUAGCCCGUUCAAACGUAAGAGUACGGUGAGCACGAUGUCGUUUCCGUCAACAACCAAAGGAGAUGAAAAUGGGCUUCAAAACGAUGCUCGUGAACCAGAGGGCGAUGAGUGCACGGACGUAGGGUCAGAUUGCGCGGAGCUGAUUGACAGGCUGAGAACAUGGCUGUGCCACUUGCAAUCCGUAAAAGGUCGCUGUUGCGCGUCCUUGAAGACGAUUUGCACCGCUUGAUAUCGGCGCUGGGACGACGCUGGAAUCGUUUAGAAACAUGGCGUGGCCACGUUAUCCGAGCAAGGAACCUGACAUCGAAACGCGUUCGACCUGCAACCUGCACUCAGCACGCGUUCAGCUCAUCGAGCAGAAACAUCGACAGAAACGGAAAUCGGAAUCGUGUCCCUUCUGUCCCUUUUAUAUUCCACCUGUCCACGAUUGUAAAGACACGAUUUCUGGAGGAACUUUCAAGGUUCCGAAUACUUUCGCGGUCUCGUGACCGCGCAGAACGGAAACAAGUGCAAUCCCAUUCAAAUAAGUAGUUACGUAUCACUGUGUGUUACCCAGAUAUAACUUUCUUCUUUCUUCCUCUCCUCUUUCUCUUUCUCUUCUUUUUUACGGUAGUACCACAACAGAGCUUUGUACAGUUGGCGAGUAAUAAACAGCGUCUAGCGCGACGGAAACCUCCCUCCCCUCUUUUCCCGUUCGAUCGAUAUUUCCGGUCGUUGAACGGAUGUUCAUCCGAUGCACGUGAUCGCGAUGGAGAGACUCGUGUUACGAUAGGAAUCCCAUUGUAUGGUGCAACGCGUGCAACGCGAGAAUAAGCUUCCCUAAGAAAUCAUGCAAAAUUGUAGAGCGCAAGAAGACAAAUAAAAUGGUGAUUAUACGUAA